AACUCUUGAACGCAAAUGGAAGUAACGCAUUGAAUCAUGGGCGAACAACGAAGACUCUUAGCGAUUUCGCGGGAUUUCACGGGAUUUUAGGUGUUAGAAAGAUAAAUGUUUCGCGAAGAAAGAACAGUGGUUUGACUUCAGUGAUUUGAACUUUGUCUAGAUUUGUCAUUUUGCGAAUUUGCAUUAAAUAAACGGUAGGAAUUGCUGGUAAAACUGGUUUAAAAUAUUCCUAAUGACACGAUUUCGCCAUGUGGCGUGCAGAAUCAAACAAGUUACAGGAUUCAAGCUCGUCACUGGUUCGCGAUUUUUUCGAUUUGUCUGCACCAAAACCAGUCAUUGAGUCAUGUCCCAAGGUCAAGGCAACACAGCCUCGAGAUUUUAGUCAUGUUAGUCGAGAAAGUUUUAUCAACUUCAAAUUAACAAAAAUUGAAGAUCCAAAUAACAAAGGUCUUGAACCAAAUUUACCAACCGAGAAGGACUUCCCGGAGCUGAAUGGUGGCCUGGAGAACAUUGAUCUAAAUCUUCCCAAUCCUCUUCCAUUGAAAGUUGAUGAAGAUGAGCACAUGCUUGAAAAUUAUUCAUUUGAUCAUGAGUAUUCUGCAGACUUGCCUAUAACUAAGUAUUCUAAUGAAGUCCUUAGUACAAUUGAUGUCCAUUCUGUUACAGUUGUUCAAGGUGCUACUGGCUCAGGAAAGACAACACAAGUACCACAAUACAUUUUGGACCAUUAUAUGAAACAAAAGCGUUAUUGUAACAUUGUGGUGACUCAACCACGUCGAAUUGCUGCUAUAAGCAUUGCGAAACGUGUCUGUCAAGAACGAUCAUGGGAUGUUGGGGGUAUUGUGGGUUAUCAAGUAGGAAGAGAUAGGAUGUCUAGUGAUGAUACAAGGAUAUCAUAUGUCACAACGGGAGUGCUGUUACAAAAGUUGAUUGCUGCAAAAUCUCUUAAUGAAUAUACCCAUGUUAUAUUGGAUGAGGUUCACGAACGUGAUCAAGACAUGGACUUUGCACUUCUUGUUGUUAGAAAGUUGUUGCGCACAAACUCAAAGCAUGUUAAAGUGGUUCUAAUGUCUGCUACUCUUGAUAGUGAGAUCUUUUCACGUUACUUCUCCUUACCAAUUAAUGGAAAGUUGCAUGGUGCUCCAGUCGUCUCUGUUGAAGGAAAGUCUUUUCCUAUUCAUGAAUACUACCUUGAGGAAAUUUCUAAUAUUGUUAGAAAGGAUGGUAUGCCAAUUUUAGACAUUGGGGAACCAACUAUCGAGGAAAGCCAGUAUCAUACUGCGUCAUGUCUCAUUUAUUUGCUUGAUGCAUGGGAAAUCAACAAGCCAGGUGUCAGUAAUGAGGACUUUGCUGCGGAAAGAGGAAGUGUUUUAGUAUUUUUGCCAGGUGUGGAAUACAUUAAAAAUAUGCAAAGAAUAUUAUCUGAUGUUUGCCAUGGAAGAUAUUUGUGGAUAUUGCCUCUCCACUCCCAAAUCACGAAUGAAGAGCAAAAGCGGAUAUUUCGUGAUCCAUCAAUGCCUAAAAACGGAGAUCCUAAGGCUAGAAAGGUUAUUUUAUCCACGAACAUAGCUGAAAGCUCGAUUACAGUUCCUGACAUCAAAUAUGUGAUUGAUUUUUGCCUUGUCAAAUGUCUCGUGUGUGAUGCCGAUACGAAUUACCAGAGUUUACGAAUGCAAUGGGCAUCGAAAGCUUCUGCCACGCAACGAAAAGGACGUGCUGGUCGUGUUUCGCCAGGGAAAUGCUUCAGAAUGGUGACGAAAGAAUUUUAUGAGCGAUGUAUGGAGCCGUACUCCGUUCCAGAAUUUAAGCGUGCUCCUUUGGAACAAGUUGUGUUGAGAGUAAAACUACUAGAUCUUGGAUCUCCGAAAUCCAUUCUUUCACUGGCUUUGCAACCACCCGAUGUUCGAGAUAUCGAGAAAACAAUUCUGAUACUUAAAGAGCUCGGUGCGUUAACCAUUAAAAUGCGCAGUGGUGUAAUCAAUAAAUACGACGGAGAGUUAACAUUUAUGGGCUGGGUACUAGGUAAAAUGCCAUGUGAUGUUCGUGUUGGAAAAUUACUCGUUCUUGGUCACGUGUUCGGUGUCUUGGAGGAGGCCAUCGUUAUUGGGGCAUGUCUAAGUCAGAAGACAUUUUUUGUUCAGAAAAUAAACCAGGAGUUUCACUCAUACAGAAAGAAAAUGUUUUGGUCUAACAGAACCAAAAGUGACUGUCUCGCUGCUCUCAAUGCCUACAAAACGUGGAAAAGACACAAACAGACAGGUGCUUUUGGGAGAACGGGUGAAAGAAAAUGGUGUAAGGAGAAUUUAAUUGAACAUAAAAAGAUCCUAGAGGUUGAAAAAGUUGUCAAUGAAUUGACAGAACGCCUAGCAAAGGUCAACAUUGAGACAAGUCGUGACGUACAUCACAGACGGCAAGAUUCUACCUCUCAUGAUGAACUCAUUUUGAAGGUUGUCAUUUGUGGCAGUUUCUAUCCAAAUUAUUUUCUUUCUGGUGAAAUUGACGAACGUGACUCCAGAAAAACGAUGUCUGGUCAUGAUCCAUUCACGACAAUUAUGUUAAAGAGUUUGCCUAUCCACGGACAUUACUACAGCUCGGCAAUUGCAAAGUUGCUAGAAAAAUGUGGGAGAGCAAAGAACGUGUAUACAGAGAGUAGAAGAGCGUACGUUGAAUUUGAAAGACAGGAUGUCCAAGAUACCGUGUUACCAGCUGUAUAUCUUGCUCUUAAGAUGAGACAUCUUCAAAUGCAUCUUACUCUAUGGGUCGCCACGGAAGAUCAAAAACGAAUUGUGGCGAAGUCCGCUGCAAAAAUGGAGAUCCAUAAUUCAAGAGCAUUACGCACUGAUAGGAUAAUGGCGUCGGUCAAGGAUUCUGGUAAAACUACCAAGAAGAAAAACGAACUUCAGAAGCUGGAGUUGCCCGAAGUUGGUUUCAUGGAUAUUUACAUAUCGGAGGUCAUUGAUGCUGGACAUUUUUGGGCUCAGCCAGGAGAUGGGAAGUACGCAGCAAAACUUUCUCAACUCAUGGAGGAUAUCAACAAUUAUACUGGUACUCAACACGAGUUUCUAUCAUUACCUUGUCCCAUGGGAACAUUAUGCUUGGCUUUAUAUGACGAAGAUGGACGCUAUUACAGAGCGAAGGUUGUGUCUUUCAACCGUUCCAUUGCUAAAGUAUUCUACGUCGAUUACGGCAACACAGCAAAUGUAUCUACCCAACAUCUGAGGAAGAUUCGUGAGGAGCACACGAGGUUGCCUUUUCUGGCAUUUGAAUGUCGUUUGAUUUGCGUUCGUCCAUCGUUUGGUGCUUGGGAUGAAGAGGCUAAUCAGAGAUUUAUCGAACUUACUUGGGACAAGAAGUUGGUAGCAAAGGUCUUUUCUCGACUCCAUGGCGUAUUUCGUGUUGAUCUCAUUGACACUGUGUCCUCGGAAGAUGAUGUUCACAUUCAUCAAGUGUUGAUUGGCGAAGGUUUUGCAAAUUUUACUGAAGAAUCACAUGACUCCGUUCGUACCCACGAGGAAGCUGUCGCUCGAGUGAAGCUUUUAAAUAAUGUGGGAACUGGAGCGAACGAGGGUUAUGAUCCAACUGGCUGGGUUGAAUCAGAUACUAGUUCUACUGAAGCUCAUUUAACUGGAAAUUACAAACCAGACGAUGGAAAGAUUACUAAGGUAAACCUCAGUGGACCGUUCAGUCCAUACGAGAUGAGCUUUUACAGCAUGACCUGCAUUGGAAGAUUAAGGGCGGCAAGGAUUGAGAGAGAUUCUGUAAAUAGUAUUGUGUUGAACGAGGAGCCUCAAGAUAAGCACGAACGUUUUCUUGUUGCUGCCAACAUUGGAAUAAACACUUCAGGCACCGUAAUGCUUGGAAGAGAUACAACAUUAAUGCCAAAUAUUCAUGGCUUGUCUGCUCUUAUUUCACUGGUGUUUACUCCAUGUGCUGAGUUCAGGACAAACGAAAAAAAAGAUCGUUAUACUGGAGCCAUAGUUGGUCUCGGAUUUGAUCCAUCGACUGGAGAGGCAUUGCUUCCGGAUCACGACAUAGAGCUGCAGUUCGAUUUUGCUUUCAAGCAAGACGAUGUUGUCAAAAUCAAUGCUUGCCGUUCCGCCAUUAACCUGGCAGUCGCUUCGAAAGAACAGAUCUCUCAAUGGGGGAAAAAUGCUAUACAAAAAAUUCAAAGGAAAACGAGAGCUACGCUUUUGGAAUUGCUUCUCACUCCUCGCGAUGAUCGUCAAAUAUCUCCUUACAUCAAAAUGUAUCAAUGGAAUCGUGUCGAUCCUCAAGAUCUCUUAUCGCCUUACAAUCCUGGUGAAUUGGAUGAUGAUGCUACUUUGCUAUAUCCGUUUCAUUAUCCUUUGGACAUCACUGAGUCUUUUGAUGAAGAGAUCCCGGAUUACAUACAACAGCGUAGGCAAAAUGUGGAAAAUCUAAGACCUCUUGCUGGAGGCUCGACUCAACCAUUUGCCGAACCAGUUGUAUGUGACUUGUGUAAUGUCCACUGUCGGCAUCCACGUGAUUUGCGCAUGCACCUCGAAACCAGAUCUCACAGGAUGGAGGAAAACUAUUUGUUUGAUGACAGAUAUGUUUAUAACCAUUAGGUAGCUAAAGAGCACUUUUUAGUGGAAGGUAGGGGUGGGUUUUUUAAAGGUCAUGGAGUUUUACUGGUCACACAAAACUCAUUAUUUCGAACCAGGAACAAGAAUAGGAUGGCUCUCAUAAUGAAGGCAUCUGUGUUAGAAAUCUUUGUUGUAUUUGAACUAUCCUAUUAUAGGAUUCUGUAAUAGAAGUCCAUUCAUUUAAGAAACACGAGCUAAAACGACACGCGAUCCAGGACAUAUGCGUGAACAUGACCUGGCUUGUCGACGUAAGGACGGAUAAGAAACGGCUUGUCUCGUGUCUUAAAUGUCAUGUACGUUAUUUGAAGUGUAGGUGAAUAGUUGGGUGUAAAAUGAACGACGUGUUUUGGUAUCUCAUGCUUUGUAACUAAAUUAUGUGAAGAUUUUAUGUACCUUGGGUCAGGAAACAGGGCGUCGGAAGCAGAGGUGAAUAGACCUGCCCACUUUUUCUUUAAAAAUGAAGAUGUUCCCCGUUUAA